AUGCGUUUCGUCGUGUCGUCCGAUCGUCUUCUUUUCCUUCUCAUCUGUUUUCUACUACAGCAUCUACACAUUUGUCUAAUACUUAUUAAUAAUAACAAUAAUGAUAACAACAACAACAACAACAAUCUUAUCGAUAAUAACAAUCGUUUGUUCUAUGCAAAGGAAUUUUUAACUCGUUUUGGUUAUAUCAAAACGAAUGAUUCGUCUUUAUACAUACCACCAUCGGCUGUACGAGCUUUUCAACGUUUUGUUGGUCUCAAUCGAACAGGUUUAAUUGAUGAAUUAACUUGGCAAAAGAUGCGUGAGCCUCGUUGUGGCAAUAAAGAUCUUCGACGCAUCCAAAGAAGAAAACGUUUUAUACUCCAAGGAAGUCGUUGGCCAGCAAAUGGACCAUUGACAUUUCGCAUUGUCAAAUAUCCUACAACUUUUCCACAACAGUUCGUCGACACGGAAUUAACUAAAGCUCUAACAUUGUGGAGUAGUUCGUCGAAUCUCGAGUUUGAACAUCGAAAAUUGAAAAAAUCAAAUGACUUUCAACCGAACCAUCUCGAUCGAAAAACAGAUAUUCGAAUUUCAUUCGAAAUCGGCGAUCAUGGUGAUACAGAACCAUUCGAUGGACCUGGAAAUGUUCUUGGUCAUGCUUUUUUCCCUCAAUAUGGUGGAGAUGCUCAUUUCGAUAAUGAUGAAUACUGGACAUCGAAAAGUACUGAAGGUGUAAAUCUUUUUCAAGUCGCUGCGCAUGAAUUUGGUCAUUCACUUGGACUAGAGCAUUCCAAUAAGCCAGAAGCAAUCAUGGCACCGUUUUUUAAAGGUUAUACACCAAACUUCACAUUACAAGAAGAUGAUAUUCGGGCCAUUCAAGCCUUAUAUGGAGGAAAACCAUCGAAAUCAUUUUCAUCACCUUUAUCUAACAAUAUUGAAACCUAUCAAGCUGUCGCCAAGCAAAUGGCUCCAUCGGUGAAAUCAUCAAAUAGAAUUUCACCGCUAUGUCUCGAUCCAAAAUUUGAUGCCAUUAUUGUCAUCGAUGAUGAUACCUACAUCUUCAAAGAUACUUUAGUCUAUCGUCGUUCGAAACUUGCGAUGGAUUACGACUAUCCCAAAGCAAUUCGCGAUGUGUUCGGUCGUUGGGAGGGUGGCAUAUGGCAAACAUUGCCAGAUCAUAUCGACACGGCAUUAGUUUGGCCGAAUCAAAACAUCUUCUUCUUUAAAGGCAAACAUUAUUGGAAAACAGUUCGUUUUCAACUACAAGCGGGAUAUCCACGUUUGAUCAGUGAUGGUUUUCGCGGUCUUGACGAACAACAUUUCUUCACUGGUCGUCUCGAUGCUGCAUUUGUUUACAGCAGAGACAAUCAGACUUAUUUUGUCAAAGAUGCAAUGGUAUGGCGUUUGAACAUGAAUGUAGAAUUCGCCGGUACGAUUGAUAUUGACUAUCCUCAAUUCGUGGCGCGUUGGUUACACAUUGGCGAAAAAAUCACCAGUGCAUUGCAAUGGAUCAACGGCCGAACUUAUUUCUUUUCGUAUGAAAACUAUUAUCGAUAUGAUCACAUCAAUCAUCAUGUCGAAGAUUCCUAUCCAACAUAUCCGCGUUCGAUCUCCGAAUGGUGGCUUCAAUGUGAACAAGAACAAGUACCGACAACAUCACCCGAUUAUUCGCAUAUUUCACGAUGGAAGCGUGCAGCACUUAUCUUCGAAUCAAAUUUAACGAACAUCGAUACCAUCAAGUCAAAUAAUGGACGACAACGAAGCAAAGACAAUUUCUUUCUGCUUAACAUUCUAAUAUUCAUGAUUAUCAUCACAUAUUACCUGUGA